AUGGAUCAGAGCCACUUCGUUGGCCGACUGACGUUUGCGCAAGAGGAAUCAAACUCAGGUCACGACGCUGAUCUCACAAGCCCACAUCUCGGCAUCAGCACCAAACCUGCACCCGACGCAAAGCUUACCAUUUCUUCUGAACCACAGGUUGAUUUUGACCUCUUCAGGACGUGGAAUGAAAGAUGCCAGCAACACGAUGACUGCAUUCCUGACGAUACGAGUGACCUGGAAAGGCUGAAAGUGAUUGACUGCGAAACACGCACUGUGCAACUAGCACCUGAGAAGUGUCCCUUUGUCGCUCUGAGUUACCUUUGGGGGCCGCAGGAAGACUUUGCGCCACAGCCUUUGCCUGCAGAACAAACACGGACCAUCGAAGAUGCGAUUACGGUGACCUUGCGCCUUGGCCUCCGAUAUCUUUGGGUCGACAGAUACUGCAUUGAGCAGACGAGCAUCAUGGACAAGACCCUGCAGAUCAAGCAGAUGGGGCAGAUUUACGCUUCUGCACACCUCACUAUCAUUGCAGCUGCUGGUACUGAUCCAACCCACGGCCUGCCCGGUGUAAGCCAACCAAGACAAGUCAACGAAACAGUGGCAGAACAAGUCGGACCCGUGACACUGGUCCAGCUGAACACACCUACUGCGAGCGACUUCCAGCAAUCGAUGUGGGCUACUCGCGCCUGGACAUUCCAAGAGGGCAUCCUGUCCAAGCGCCGUCUCAUCUUCACUCCUCAGGCUGUGCUAUACAUCUGUUCAACAGACUACCUGCACGACCUCUCUCCGGGCUACAGUUCCGGAAUAAACUUCGAACUUGUUGCGCUCGCCGAAUUCAUCUCGUGUGCCCGCCUUCCACGCGAAUUUCAGUCUUCCGCUGGCUCGUCGCGCUUCAAGGAAGCCAUGAGAUAUGUAACAGCGUACAGCCGACGCAACAUGAGGAUGUCGUCCGACGCCCUGAACGCCAUCAUUGGAAUCCUGAACUACAUAUCGACCGACAAGACGGAACCAGUAUACCAUCUCUGGGGUGUGCCA